AGUACUUACAACCCCUCUCUCUCUUGUCUUCCUUUGCAGCAGCAACUUCAGUUUUUGCCUUAUUUAUUUUUAUGUUGUUGGUUCAGAGAGAGAUGGUAAUUUGAAUCAGUAAACAAGUAAAUGAUAUGGGCGUUCAAGCCAAUGUAAGGGGUUGUCCUUAUACGGAGAAAGAUAGCUUGGACGCGUUAGCACUGAGCAGUUUAUUAUUAUAAUACCACUCUCUCUCUCUCUCUCUCUCUCUCCAGUCUCCACUAAACUCCAAUUGUUUCCUUCAGAACGACGGUGAUAUACUCGGUGCUAGGGUUCUUUGUCUCCUCCUCCUCCUCUUCUUCCUCAAAGACCCAUCCACCUCUCCUUGAUCGAUUGUCCAAUUUGUAUAAAAAUCUCUCUUUCGUGAAUGCAACUGUUAACAUGGCUGCAGAGCUUGGUCUGCUCUCCUUGACCCAACUCCAGAAACUGGCUCAGGCUCAACAACAACCGAACCCUAGCUUUACCGCUAGCCCUUGGAUGUGGAACGCGAAACAGCAAGCCCAAGACGAUGAUGAUUCAUGGGAGGUGCGAGCCUUCGCCGAAGACACUGGUAGCAUCAUGGGCACUACAUGGCCCCCUCGCUCCUACACUUGCACCUUCUGCAGACGAGAAUUCCGAUCCGCCCAGGCACUCGGUGGCCACAUGAAUGUGCACCGUCGAGACCGUGCUAGACUCCGUCAAUCUCCUACCGCCGGUUCCUCCGAUCCCUCUUCAUCUUCCAAUUCCUCAUCUACUCUCAUUAUCCCAACUCGAGAAUUUGUCCCCAAUGGCGCCUACUGCCUUCUUUACCCUCUACCAAGCCCUACCAAUGCCUUCACACCUACGUCGUCAGUAAAUGGAUGCAUGGACUCGCCCUCCAAUCUUCUUUCUGUGUCUCCUUAUUUGACAAACAAUUGGGUCUCAUCUUGUCCGCCAUCCAUGAAUUUCCCGGUUGCAGCAGACAUCCAAGUCCAAGCUUCUGUGUGUCGCUCUGGCAGGUUCGGGCCUCCAUUUUAUAUGCGCAAUGAGAAGGAAGAUGACAACAAUCGUAACUACGACAAGGAAUUGGUGGCUGAAGAGGUGGAUCUAGAGCUUCGACUGGGGCAAAAGCCACCACCUCUGUAGCAUAAAGAGAUGAGAGUUGUAGUGUUAAAUUGGUUUGUGUUUGCUCAUCCGGUGUGUAAUAUCCAUACACUCUAAAUUCCUAUAUACGGUAAGUGAAAAUUUCCUGGUUGAUGUAUUCACGAGUGUUUGAUUGAAGGUGCAAUGGCAUGACAAGGGCUUUCAGUCCAGGAGCAGCAGCAGGAGAGUGGAGAAGAAACCCAAGAUUGUAAAUUAACACAAAAGGAAGGAUUUAUUUUAUGAAGAAUUAUGAUUGAAGAUUAGGGUUUGAUGAUAGAUAGGUACAGUCUGCAGUGCAGUGUCAUUUUCUACUACGCAUUAAGGGUCUGGUGAUCCAUCUCCGUGGGGACUAUAUCUAUCACUUAAGGUAGGCUAUUUGCGCCUCUUGUUUGAAAUAACUACCAAAAUGCCACUGUCACCAUUUUCAAUAGUAGCCAUUCUGGAAAUAAGUAUUAAUGCAUUUCUUGGUAAAGCUGGUUAAUGUAUCCAACUAAGUUUCUGUAUUGAACCAUGGUUCUGCCUCUGUAAGGGAAGCAACAUAUUUCUGCA